AUGGCUAAGCGUUACGUAACUGUGGCAGGCUUGGAAGUGGCUGACGUGGUAAUCGACAAGGAGCCGGGGGGACGCCCUUCUGGGGAGGCUUUCGUACGUUUGGCCAGCAAGCAGCACGCCGAGAUGGCACUCGAGCGAAACAGAAAGAACAUGGGCACGAGAUAUGUGGAGGUGUUCCGCAGCUCGAUUGAUGAGAUGGACAAUGCGCAUUAUAACGCAACGGCUGGUCGAGGAGGCAUAUUCCCGCCACCGAAGGGUGAACCAAUACCGUUACGCGGCCUGAUGACUGCAGGUGGUGGUGGUGGUGGUGGUGGCUACAGAGAGAGAUAUGGUGGCUAUGGUGCGGGUGGUCCAAUGCGAGGACCAGUGAGUCGGGGUCGUCCAAGUCCAUACGAGUUGCCAUAUGAUCGAUAUUCACGAUAUGGUAGCAGUAGUGCUGCUGGUGGUUAUGGAGCCGGGGCGUACGGUGAUGAUCCAGAAUUCGAUGACGAACUUUCGACGAAGAGAAGUGUACUCAUGAAUCUGAUCUGUGGGUAUAUCGAAUUGUUCUCUGGAGCUAACGUCCCCCCACCACAGCGAUACGUAACGUAUCGUCGAAUUGGAGGUACAGGUGGUGCAGUAGGCGCUUCGUAUGGAGGUGGGCGGUUUGGAGGCGGAUUGGGGGCUGGAGGGGCUGGACCGUCUCCAUUAACACGGUCAUCUGGUUACACAUCAUUCGAAGGUGAAACAACUAGAUUGAGUUUGCAGUACUACAACGACGAAUAUGAGGGACGUCAGUCUGGAGGUGGCUACAGUCGUCAUUGGGGUGGAUCGUCGUCAGUUAAGGCUGCGUGGUGA